AUGAGUGAAUUCCCACGCAUUUCAUUACCUGUACCUUUAAUGAAAUCACAUUAUGAUGUGGUAGUUGUUGGUUCAGGUUAUGGAGGUUCAAUUGCUGCUUCACGCAUGUCAAGAGCUGGAAAACGUGUCGCUCUUUUAGAAAGGGGCAAGGAAAGAUGGCCAGGCGAGUUCCCACAAAAGUUACACGAAUGCGUAAAAGAGUUUCAAGGUUCCAUUCAAACAAAAUCUCUUGGUCAAAAAACCGGUUUAUAUCAUCUUUAUGACGGCGAACAGCAAGAUGUUCUUUGUGGUUGUGGUCUUGGAGGUACAUCACUUAUCAAUGCCAAUGUUGCUCUCGAAGCCGAUGAACGUGUUUGGAAACAAACUGUAUGGCCACGAGAAAUUCAUGAGGAUAUGGAAAGUAUUAAACGAAACUAUGAUAGAGCAAGAGAAGUAAUUCAUCCAUCCCCAUAUCCCGAACAUUUUCCUGAAGUUCCAAAACUGAAAGCUUUAGAAGAACAAGCCAAGAGAUUAGGCGGAGAGUUUCACAAGAACUUUAAACGUCCACCCGUUGCCAUCUCAUGGGAGGAUCGUGUUAAUUAUGCCGGGGUUAGACAAAAUGGUUCAACAUUGGUUGGUAAUGAUGUUUCUGGUAAUAACGAUGGAAGUAAAAAUACAAUGUUGAUGACUUAUAUUCCUGAUGCUUGGAAUCAUGGAUGUGAAAUAUUCUGUGAAGUUAACGUGCCAAGAAUAAAAAAAGAUAGUAAAUCUAAUAAAUGGAUUGUAUUCUAUGAAUGGUUAGAUACCGAAAGAUGUACUUUUUCAGAUGAAAGUACAGUGCAUCUUUAUUUUGUUACUGCAGAUUCAGUUUUUAUUGGUGCUGGAACUAUGGGUUCCAAUGAAAUUUUAUUGAGAUCAAAACUUUAUGGUUUGCCAACUAGUCCAAAUGUAGGAAAAGGUUUUAGCGGGAAUGGUGACAUUUUGGGAUUUGCUUUUAAUUCAGACAUACCUGUUAAUGCUGUUGGAGUUAAAGAACGCACACAUCAAAAGAAAGUUGUUGUUGGUCCAGAUAUAUCCGGUGUCAUUGACAUGCGAUUGACUGGUGAAGAAUUUGAUGGUUAUGUGAUAGAAGAUGGUACGCUUCCGCAUGCUAUCAGAGCACUCGGUAAACUAGUUAUCCAUACUACUGAUGAUUUUUGUGGAGUAGAUCCUCCAAAUAUCGGUAUUGGCAAGUCAAUAGCUAGAAAAUGGAGAAAAAUGGUUACAAAUCUUGCAGGUGUUUAUCAAGGUGCAAUGCUGAAUACACAAAUAUAUUUAGUCAUGUCACAUGACGAUCAUUCUGGUCAAAUGGAAUUAGUUGAUGACAAACUUAAAAUUCAAUAUCCUGGCGUUGGCGAGUCAAAAAAUGCCGUGAGAAUUAAUAAUGUGUUGAAAGAUGCUGCAUUUUCCAUUGGCGCAUCCUGGGUUUCAUCACCAACAUGGAGUAAACUCAAUCAUCGUGGUUUGGUUAGUGUUCACCCUCUUGGUGGUUGUAGUAUGGCAUCAGAUGGUAGUAAAGGUGUUGUUAAUCACAAGGGCUCUGGUGUAGAAGUUUACAAAGAUUUAUAUAUAUGUGAUGGUUCAAUUGUACCAACAUCACUUGCAGUUAAUCCAUUCUUAACUAUUUCCUGUCUAUCUGAAAGAAUUUGUGAACUGGCCGCAAAAGAUAAUGGUUUGAAAAUUGAUUAUAAACCUGCAGAACAACUUAUAGACUUUACAAAACCACUCAAAUCAUAUAGAGAUGAAACUCAUGAACUUGUUAAACUUUCACGAAAAGGUCCUUUAGAAAAAGGUAUCUCCUUCACUGAAGUAAUGAAAGGUUAUUUCUCAACUGAAAUUAUUUCUAAAGAUUUUGCGGUUGCUGAAAAACAAGCUAAAUCUGCCGGCUCAACAAUGCAGUUUUUAUUGACGAUAAUUUGUCAGGACACCGAUAAACUUAUUGAUUUGGACGAUAAUUGUGCAUUCAUAACUGGAACUGUUUCAUGUCGAGCCUUGUCACCUGAUCCAUUACUCGUGACCAGAGGAAAAUUCCGUCUUUUCGUACCUGAACCUGAUAGUGUUGACUCAAAUAGAAUGAUUUACAACUUGAAUUUAUUGGCUACUGAUGGGUCAAAAUAUCGAUUUAAAGGAUUCAAAUUGGUUAAUAAUUCAAAUGUUCUUCAUGCCUGGUAUCAGACAACCGCUCUAUUUGUCUCUGUUUACCUUAGAAACAAAAAAGAUGAUGAUCUUGAACUUGAUGAAAUUAAUGCAAAUCAAGGGGGUAUAGGAGAAGUGGAUGAUGAUGAAGAUGAGAAUUUACAAAUUGUUGGUAGAGGAAUUUUAAGAAUAAGACCAUUUGAUUUCUUUACACAACUUAGAACGAUUGAGGCGUCCGGAACUAAAAGGAGUUCAGCGUUCUUAUCAUUCCAUCGAUUCUUUGUUAUGACUUUAAUGAAACAUUCUUUUGCUAUACUACGCAGUUUGGAGUAUCCAACCACUUUAUCCGCAAAACUAUUAACCCAUUCAAAAUUUAUAAGGCCAAAAAAGAUAACUUAUACCAUCACAUCUGAGGAUGGUAUCAAGUCAGCAUUACAUAGAUAUGAAGGUGGAAGAAAAGGUCCUGUAUUAUUGGUAACAGCAAUGACUUAUGAAAUGUGGUCUACAGAUUUUUCUAAAAACAAUUUAUUGGAUUAUCUUUUGGAAAAUGGAUAUGACGUUUUCUUAAAUGAUUACCGUCUUGCACCAACAAAUGCAGCAGUGCAUGAUCAACAUACUGUUGAUAAAAUCAUGUUGGAUCAGGUAGCUGCUGUUAAUGAAGUUCGUAAUAUUACUGGUGUUGAAAAAAUUGCUGUUAUAGCACAUUGUGUUGGUUCUCUUAUUACUUUUAUGGGAGUAUUAAGUGGUCAAAUUAAAGGUGUAGGAACAAUUAUUUGUUCUUCUACGUCAAUGCAUCCAUAUCUUGGAUUUUGGAAUAGAGUAAAAAUGAAUUUGAGAUUAAUUGAUGUUUAUAAAUAUGUUUUACGUCGACCAGCAUUUGAUGUAAGAACAUCGGCUGACACCAAUUUCAUUGAUCGAAUCAUCAAUCAACUAUUAAGAUUUUAUCCAGUACCAAAAGGACAAGUGUGUCGAAAUGCAUUGUGUCUUAGAGCAUCGUUAUGUUACGGCACAUUAUAUCAACAUGAACAUCUUACACAACAAGUUCACGACUAUCAACAUCAAUUCUUUGGUUCAGUGAAUCUAACUACACUCAAGCAUCUUUUCACAAUGGCUCGUAAAUGUAAAUUAGUCGAUUACAAUUCCAAAGAUAUAUAUGUUAUUGAUGAAAAUGUGAAAAACAAUUUAAAUUUCCCUAUAACAUUUAUUCAUGGUGAUAAAAACGUUGUGUUUGAGUUAAGUUCAACAAGAAAAUCAUAUGAUUAUAUUCGUCAAAUAAAUGAUCCCGACAACUAUAGUCUUCGUGAGAUUGAUGGAUAUGGACAUCUUGAUGUUUGGUGGGGAACUAACGCAAUAAAGGAUGUUUAUCCAAUAGUUUUAGAACAUUUGGAAAAAAAUAAAGAUAAAUAUGGCUAUCAUUAA